AAACAACGAACUUCUCUCACCGUUCUAUUCCAAGGAAAGAAGCCUCAUGAUUUCGUAACGUCCCUCCUUCUUCACUUUUCAAAAUCCUUCUCUCGCAACAAAACUGUUGUAUCUCUCUCCACAAGCAUUCACAAUGACGCAUUCUCUUCCCCCAAACGUUCACCUCUCAACACAUCCAUGUCUUCAAGCCAAGCUCUCUCAAUUACGAGCAAGCACAGCAAACGCCCGCGAAACAAAGGCAUUGGUGCACGAAAUAUCUCUGAUUGUUGGCUGUGAAGCCACAGCAGCUGGAUUGAGCACCAAGAAAGGACCAACAGCCAAGACUCCUUUGGGAUAUGAAUACACAACGCAGGUCCUCUCACCCAGCUCUAUCUCUCUCAUUCCGAUUCUUCGUUCGGGUUUAGGAAUGCUCGAUGCAAUACAAACCCUCCUCCCGAACCCAGUCCCAGUCCACCACCUCGGUCUCUUCCGCGAGCCCGUCACCUUACAGCCAGUAGAAUACUACAACAACCUCCCUUACCACGUCCCUGACCACGGCACCCCUUCCAACAGCCCGAAUACUUCCGCCUCUGAAAUAGCCUUCCUGCUCGAUCCCGUAAUUGCCACAGGCGGUACCUGUUCCGCCGCUAUUCAAACCUUGAGGGAAUGGGGCGUUAAAAAAGUUAUUGUUGUUGCGGUUCUAGGGGCGGUGAGCGGUGUUGUGAAAGCGGCGUCGGAGUGGGAGGGGGGAGUUGAAAUCUGGAUUGCGGGCAUUGAUGAGACUCUUAAUGAUAGGGGAAUGAUCGCGCCAGGUCUUGGAGAUGUGGGUGAUAGGCUGUUUUUGACAAUUGGGAAGUGAGUGGUUGAGCGGGUGACAAACUGGGAUCCAAAUGAUUUGCAGCUGGUGUUGGGGAGCUUUUGCAUAGAAUGUGCCAGGAGAUGAAAGCUCGAGGUUUACAUCUUAAUAAUUCAGAUGAAAAUGAAGAUAAGGUUCCAACGCCACAAUGCUUCACAGUGAAGCGUAGAACACCGAAACUUGACAUCAUA